AUCGACCAUGGAGAAGAAGAAGAAGCAACAGCAGAAUCAGAAUCACGAGAGCAAGAGCAUUCACGACAUUCUCCCACUUGAGCUGAUUCACAGAAUCCUAUCGAGACUUCCGCUCAAACAUCUCGGUCGCCUCAAGUGCGUUUCGAAGCUUUGGAACACUCUCAUUUCCGAUCCCGACUUUGUGAAAUCGCAUGUUCACCUCUCUGCCGCACCCACCCAUGUAUGCCUCUUCAUAAAUGACUACUCCAAGGCUUGCUCCGUGGACAUUGACGCAGUAUUUCACCGCAACAAGCGUGCUACUGCAGUAAAAGAGGUAUCUCUCCCUUUCAAGAUGAGCACACAUUAUGAUUUUGAAGUUAUGUGCUCCUGCAGAGGGCUUGUUCUCUUACACCGUGCCCCGCAUUUUUUUGUCGUAUGGAAUCCAUUGACUGGAUCCAGCAAAAGAGUAUCCUACUCUCACAUUGUUUCUCGUUGUAAUCGUAAGUGCUUUAUGUUUCCCCUUAGUGCGAUUUUAUAUGGAUUUGGUUACGAUGCUUCACAGGAUGACUACUUAGUUGUUGUAGUUUCUCAGGAUAAGAAUGGCCAAGAGCACUUUGAUUGCUUGUCUUUGAGAACCAAUUCAUGGAUUAAUCUUGAUUUUGCACUCUCCAAACCCUUAGGUAGGAACAGCUGGGUAUCUCGUGGGUUCUUUUUGAAUGGCGCUAUUCAUUGGUCGUACUCGUACCGCACUCUUUGUGUUAGAAAUUAUAGUAUUCUUGUAUUGGAUUUGAAGGAAAGAAGUUUUUCAACAAUAUCUAUGCCUGAACAAGUACUGGGUUAUCUCUGUCCCGCUCGUCUCGCCCUACUAGGAGGCUGCCUGGCCUUGUAUUCUUAUGGAAACAAUGGUGAUAAAACUAAGAUAUGGGUAAUGAAAGAAUACAAAGUGCAUUCAUCUUGGACUUUCUAUCAGAUUUCUCGUGGACCGUUUGUGCCUCUCUGCUCAUCCAAUGAAAGUGACAUUGUUGCAUUAUAUGAUGUUUGUUUAAAAUUCAAAUUAAAUUUUACCAAAUAUAAUGCCAGAGGAGAGCUCCUCCAACAGGAAUGUUUUGAUUAUCCUCAUCUCGAAGAUUUUAAAGAUCGUUAUCAUCGGUUGUCUAAUUACGGCACAAGCUACACUGUAUAUACAGAGAGUCUCGUGCCGGUCCCUAGUGAGAUUAAGGAUAAGGCUAGGGAUAAGAAGAAGAAAAAUGGACAUCAGAAUCAGAAGAACGAUGUCAUACAAGGAAAGAGAACUAGGAGAGAAGGACUCAACAACAGAGACACUUAAUUAUGUUGUAAAUAAAGUGUAGGACCAGCAAGUUCAGCUGGAAGAAGCUUCUAC